UCUCAAAGCGUAAACUAUUGUAUAUUCAUAUCUACUUAUUGUUUGGAGCAUAGUGUUCAGUCUUAUUGGAAUGCAGUUCUAGAGUAAAACGAAUUUUUUACGAUAUGUGUAUCCGCAUUGUCUAGAAAUAGGUUUAGAAAACGCACAAUUACAAUAUUUAUAUAUAUAUAUUUGUGUAUUUAGUGGGAUCAUUCCUCCAUAUACACCGCAUAUUCAGACUACAAAGGACAUUUGUUCUUAAUAACGCUUUACUGCAGCAAAAAGAAAUUAACAUGCUUUUUGGCUAAAGCAGCAGGAUCACAGUCUUGUAAGUAGGAGUGCUAUUCCCAACUUACAUUUCAUCUUCCACAAUUUUUCACGAGGAACCGCCUGGUUAGUUUGUUAUUCAUUGAUUAAAUUGAAAUGGUGUAACUCAUAUUGGGUGAAUCUAAAAUUUGACUAUAUUUUUGUGGGAUUGUUUUUUCGGCGUUAUAUCCUUAAGUGUAGGUCGGCAAGUUAUAAAAAUAUUUAGCAAUUUUGUCAAUUUUCUCCAAGCCAUAUUUUCUCCCAUUCUGUUAAUAUUUUUUAACAAAUAAGUUUAAAACAGACAACCUAUUUUCCUCAGACAGCCUCCUAGGAGAUAAGGAAAAAAGCGAAUCUAAAAAGACAGCCAUAUGGAUUGGAGUAGGUUCGGCACUAUUUCUUCUUCUGCUGAUUGUGAUCAUUUGUUGUUUGGUAUGGAAAAAGUAAGUGCUUAUCUAAUUUUUUCACAUAUUUUCAGUCCUGGAGGUCCUUUCAGAAAAGAAUAGAUAUAAAUAUUUUCUGUACUUUUCCGUUAAAAAACAAUAGGAAGGCGCAGAAAAAGUCAGCUAGACAAGAACAGACGAGCCCAGAUGCUACUGCUCCUCCUUAUGUUAUAUCAAACAACAAUGUUCAACAACAACAAGCAACAUGCAAUAUGAUACCUCAUUCACAACCAUCACGAACACUAGAUAAUCAAAUAAUCCAGCAGUCUGCACCACUAAUGCAGUCUCAUGUUGGACAGGUUCAAUACCAACCACUGCAGCCACCGCCAGUUGCUCACCAACCAAUGAUGACACAACAGCAAAUUAUUCACCAUCCACCAGCACAAGUGACUCAAAUACAUCAGAUGCCAAUGCAAUCUUCAGUGCAGAUUAUUCCACAAACUUCACAAGUCAUGUAUGCUGUUCCAAAUUCUAAUGUCAUUGUGCAUCCUCUAGCCGCAUCAGUGCCAUAUGGUCCACAAUUUGUAUUCCCUGGAAAAAAAGGCAAAUCCAAUAUAAUGGGACAAGUUGCUAAUGGAAUUAAGCUGACUAACAAUGUUUUAGACCUUGCAGGUGGAAUUAGCGAUUUAUUUGGAUGAAAAAUAAUUACGUAACCAAGAAUAUCACGAUGUAAAAAUGUCAUGGCUUGAAAUUGUGCGAAUGUUAGAUAGUAGUAGAUAUUUUUUAUUGCUGUUGUUUUGAAUCAACAUAUAACCAAGAAGCACCAAAGUCAUAUGUUUAUUCAACGUUAUCAGCAGCUGGUCGAGGAACUGUAUUGUGCUCCGAAAGAAGAAGUGAUCAUAGGAAGUUUUUAAAAAAAAUAGUACUGACUGAAGAUGAGUCCAGACCGAAGAAAAAAAGACAACUUCGAAGACUAAGGGGCUGUCCAUAUGGGAAAUAUUUCCUCGGCAACCGGGUAAUUGCUUCAGCAUGAUAUCACGUCGAGAUCUCGGGUUGUUUGCAAACCCUUUACCCGCCUACCGAAAUCUCUGGUGCGCAUGAUCGAGAUCUCGGUAAGCGGGUAAUGCAGUUUCCUCGGUAGGCGAGAUAAACUUAUGUCGAUUCGAAAUAUUUCCCAUGAACAGCCUCUAAGAAAACUGAAACACCUAAAGGGUGCAAAGAUAUCAGAUUCUUGUUUCUAAACGCUGCUAGACAUAAUGGUAACAAAGAUAAUACAAAGACGAUCAUCGAUUAAAGAUAGAUCUCGUAUUUUUUAUUUACAAUAGUGGAUAAACAUUCAAACCUUAUUUUUCGCAAGGACUUGUUUUUACGUAGGAAAUGUUUCACGAGAAUCUAAUUUUGGCCACAAUUUAACGAAAUUUAAUUUAAUUACAUUAGAUAUACAAGCAUACAUACGUGGUAUGCAAGAGGGAGUUUUUAAGUUAAAUUUUCAGGUCUUUCUACGGGCCGGUUGAAUAUUUUUAUUGGACAGAAAUAUAUUCAUCACUAUUGAUGAACUAAUAAGUUACCUUACUACACGAAAUGUGGAAUUAAAUCAGUAAUUAACGCAAAUUCUCAUUUCAAUAUGCCCGGAAAAAACUGAAAAUGUCGAUCUCAAAAAAAGGCGAGCAGAAACCCCGAGUAUAAAUUGAACAAUGUGACUAAUCGUUUCGGAGACCUUUUUAAUUUAUCUGUGAGUUGUUUACCAAGCUUGGCCACAUGUUACUCUGGUAAACACCUCAUAGUUUAAUAAUGUUUGUUAGGGUGAGUGAAACCACUCGCUCAAAUAUUCGGAUGAAAAGCGCUUUCCUGUACAUGAACCACGUCCGCAAAGAGCAAUAGAAUUAGCCGCAGAAAAAUCGUUUGAGGCCCAACGUAAUUUAUCCUACCUUAACUACUCCGAUUUCCCGGUGGUAAGAAAAAUUAUGCUGGGUCUCCUGGCUAGGCAUUUCAACAUCAAAACGCUUAGCUAUGCUUGUUCAACGAUUCAAUGCAAAGGAUUAGCUAACAAAGCAGGUAAAAGUACAGUCAGAAAAAACAUUGCAAAUUAAAGUCAUAACACAUCAGUCACCGAAGAAGCAAAUAGAUAUUUUUUCUCAUCAUAAAUUUCCGAAACAACACCACCUGCCAAAUAAGUUAAUCACAAAUAUUCUAAAACUUACAUUUUAAAAUUAUGAGCAUUCCUGUACAGACGAAAGCAGUUGUCUAUUGUGAAAAAAUUGAACACCUUCUUUUUCGUCUAAAUUCGAAGAAUAUUUAGGAAUGAACUUUCAAUACAAAAUUACUGCAAAGU